AACUGAAAAAAAAGACCCAAAAUUGGUUUCGUUCUCUGGUUACGAAACCCCCAAAUCCCACUCUCUAACGAAAUCAAGAAUCUCUUAGGGUUCUUCAAUUGUCAUUUCUGUGCGAAAUCAAUUUGCUAAGCUCUGGGUGAUGAAACCAAGAAUCUCUUAGGGCUUUCUCAUCUUUCUCUCUCAUUUCCACGGAGAGGCUGCUAAGCUUUUGGGUCUCUCUUGAAAUUAACCUGAAAUCUGGGUUUAAGUCGAACUCAGAUUCUCCCAUGUUGACCUCUCCUUGCUCUUCUUCGUCUCUCCUCUGCCAUCGCCCAGCACUCUCCAUCUCGCGCUCCAAGUUCAGGGUUCCUUGUCGAACUGUAUUCUCUCCUGCUCUAACCCAGAUUUCCCCUAUUAGUGCUUCACCUUCUAAGUCCUCCAAGCACAAAUGGAAGAUCUUGUGCUUUAGAAAUGAGGAUUCUGCUCCUCCCGAGAAUCCUGAGCAAUUCGUUCCGGAGGAUUUAGUUAAACCAGAUCAAGAGUAUCCAUGUACAGAUAAAAAAGAUUGGAAGACAACUCUUCAAAAGGCUGCAGAUGCAGUGUUGAAAGCCAUUGGAACUCGUUGGAAGGUACCAUGGACUGCAGAGACCAUUGUGCAGGUAAUGCUUUUAUGGGUAGCCGCCUUCUGGUUCAUUGGAUCAUGGAUGAUCCCUUUCAUGGCGCAUAUAUCAGGUUUCCACAAAGACUCCCUCACAUUUAGAGGCCAAGCUUUGUUCAGUCUCAUAACCGAUGUAACAGAAGGACUAGCCGGGAUUGCUAUCCUCCAUCGUUGCCUCUCCAUGUUCCGUCCACUUGCAAGCGAUUGGUUCCGCUUUACCCUCAAAGGAAACUGGCAACUAGACGUUAUCAUAGGCUGUUUCAUGUUCCCUUUCGUUAACCGUCUCUCCCAAUUAAACCUCAACCUCUUGCCACUCCCACCAACUUCAAGUCCGAUCUCGCUCUCAAGUGUUGAGCAGUCGAUAAUGGCUAGAGACCCAGUGGCAAUGGCGCUGUACGCGGUUGUGGUAUCGGUGUGUGCACCGGUUUGGGAAGAGAUAGUGUUCAGAGGGUUCUUGUUGCCGUCUCUGACUAGGUACAUGCCGGUUUGGUGUGCGAUUCUUGUAAGUUCGAUUGCGUUUGCAUUGGCGCAUUUCAAUGUGCAGAGGAUGUUGCCGUUGGUGUUCCUUGGAGUGGUUUUGGGUUUGAUAUUCGCAAGGUCAAGGAACUUGUUACCUUCGAUGCUGUUGCAUAGCUUGUGGAAUGGCUUUGUGUUCAUGGAAUUGAUGCGAUGAUGAUGACGAUCACUAUCUGCUGUAGGUGUCUUCUUUUUUUUCCUUAUUCUUCUUGUAAUUGAUUCAUGUUAUGAUUGUUUUAGUUUUAAAAAUAUUAAAUGGACACUUCAAUUGUAAAAAGAAAAAAAAAGAAAUAAUUCUAAAUUGUCGAAAGGAAAACGAGAUGAGCAG